AUGUCGACCAUUUCCCAAGGCCGUCGGUCGCAUCGAAAGUCGCGAGCGGGAUGCUCGCAAUGCAAAAGGCGAAAAGUCAAGUGUGAUGAAACCCAGCCACAUUGUCGCAACUGCCACAGACAUGGGGUGGUCUGUUCCUUCGCCGGGCCCUUGACUGUGCUAUCUACCUCUCAAGUGGACCUGGCAGAAUCCCCCAGAUCAAUAUCUGGCCCAGAGAGUGCAGAAUCAGGGAUAGCUUCAACCACAGACCAAAAGGUCCCAAGUUUACCAAGUCGGCCAAUUCCACCAAUGGUGAAUCCCUUCCCUUCAAACUUGGCCGUCUUCGACUUGGAGCUUCUACAUCACUACACCACCUCAACCUGCUACACACUAUCACGAAGCCCAGCAGUGCAAAGAAUCUGGCGGGACCAGGCACCGUGCAUUGGAUUCAAAAUGCCCCCCGUACUACACGCUAUUCUCGCCCUCUCCGCCCUCCAUCUCGGCCACUCGGACGCAUCCAGACGCGAAAGCUGCCUAGCACACGCGCAGAUGCAUCACGGCAUUGCCGUAAAAGAAAUGGUCCCACUAGUCUCAUCCCUCGCCCAAGAGAACGGCGAGGCAUUAUUCAUAUUCACGUCCUUGACAUGCAUGUUCUCAUGCGCAAAGCCAUUCAAAGCAGGCGACUUUCUAGUCCUCUUCGAAAGAGGUACGCUAUCUGAAUGGGCCCGACUGUUCCGAGGCACAAAAACAGUCAUACAGAGCGGUGGUGAAAAUCUCCGCACGGGACGACUGGCACCUAUCUUCCUAAACGGAUCGUAUCUGGCCGCUGCUCAUCUCGAACCACAGGCACUUGAGCAUGGCAGACCGCAUAUCUGGGAACUGCAAGAAAUGAUGCAAAGGGAAUGUCCGUCAACUCUACCUGCGAGGGCCAUCUAUCAGAAUACAUUGGAUGAGUUGGCGCGCACAUUUGGCGUUGCCUUGAGGCCUGGUGCUGCGCGGAGGCUCGAUACUGCAGAUGUUUUUCGGUGGCUACUAGAUGUGUCGGAUGAUUAUUUGGAUCUACUACGGCAGGAAGCUCCGAUUGCUCUUAUUAUAUUCGGAUAUUGGUGUGCUUGUAUUCGGCGGAUUGAGUGGAUGUGGUGGAUGGAAGGUCUCAGUCAGCGCUUAAUGACGCAGCUGCUAUCUGUACUGGAUCCAAAAUAUCGAGAAUGGCUUUGGUGGCCUCAGGAGAUUAUUAAUGGGAGUCAUGUUGCUUCGCCUUGA